UGCAUUCUGGAAUCACUCUACCUUACUGCCUUCUGGGUUCUUUUCCGGUCGCCAUUUUGUUUCGGUCGUGUGAGAGAAAGGAGUGAAGCAUUUGAAAAUGAGCGGAUGUCGAGUGUUUAUCGGUCGGCUGAGCCCCCACGCCAGAGAGAGGGACGUGGAGAAGUUUUUCAAAGGAUUUGGACACAUUCGUGAGAUCAAUCUAAAAAACGGCUUUGGCUUUGUGGAGUUUGAUGACCACAGAGAUGCUGAUGAUGCAGUCUAUGAACUGAAUGGGAAAGAACUGUGUAGUGAAAGGGUUACAAUAGAGCAUGCCCGCUCUCCCAGAGGACGAGGAGGUGGAGGAGCAGGAGGAGGUGGUGGUGGAAGGUUCUCUCCGCGUUUCAGCAGCUAUCGUCAGUCUCGCGGUUCAAUGUAUGGUCCUCCUGUGCGCACAGAGCACAGAAUCAUUGUUGAGAACCUCUCGUCCAGGAUAAGUUGGCAGGAUCUGAAGGAUAUGAUGAGGAAGGUUGGUGAAGUGACAUUUGUGGAUGCACACAGAUCCAACAAGAAUGAGGGAGUGGUGGAAUUUGCUUCACACAGCGAUAUGAAGAACGCCAUUGAUAAACUAGAUGGGACUGAGCUUAACGGACGCAAACUCAAACUGACUGAAGAACGCAAGAGGGACAGAAGCCGCUCUCGCUCCAGGAGCUACACCAGGUCUCGCAGUCGUUCACGAUCCAGGAGCCGUUCCAAAUCCCAGAGCAGGAGCCGAAGCAGGAAGCACAGCCGUACCAGGUCCCGCUCUCUCAGUCGCAGCCCAGAAAGGAAGCCCCUUCCCCGGGCAGCCCCGCGCUCCCCCUCCCGCUCCCCCUCUCGCUCCAAGUCUCGAUCCCACUCCCGAUCCCCUUCAGUGCAGAAGAGAUCCAGGUCCCCCUCAGCUGAGAGCCAGCCCUGAGAGCGGUCUCCCUGCCUGCACCAGUUGUAUCUGUAUCAUAUCUGGCUAGAAUUGCAGUCCUCUGUUAAAGCAGCUGCUGAUGGUGUGAUUUAUUGUAGGUUGCAUAGAGGAAACCACAGUAAAUGCUGUUUUUACACAUUCGGUAUAAUUUUAAUAAUUUGAAAAAUACAGUGUUAUCCAUCUGUGAUUUUUGGAUCCCCCCUCCAACACUUGCACUAGGCAACCGGUCUCAGAUGGCAACAGUCAAUUAAAAAAAAUGAACAUAAUAAAUUCUACUCCUUCAUAGUUUAAUUGUCCUGUAAUUUUAAUUUCAUACAGGGAUGCCUGCUAAGGCAAGUGAUGUCACCAGGUGGACCUGUUUGUAUGCAAAGCACAAGAUGUUUUUUCUUUUUUCUAUUACUUAUUUUGUGACGAGUAGUGGUGUUCUAACUAGCGGUCAUAAAUUUCCAGGUGGUGUUUUUGGUUUCCUUGCUAUACCAAAAAUACAAAAAACAAGCCUAAACCUAGGCAUUGACACAACGCUGUGGAUUUUAUUGAGGAUGACACUAAGGCCCUUAACUACUUUAUCGCACUUAAAGGAGACAGUAACCCAUAAGCAUUAAAUAGUUGUCUUUUUGUUUGUAACCCCCCCACCCAAGGCUCUGCACAACAAAGUGACAAUUUUUUUUUAGUAAUGUGGGGUAGAAUGGUAAUAUUAAGGAACCUGGGGAACUGAUUGGAAAGGGGGGGGGUGUUUUUUUUUUUUUUUUUUUUUUUUUUUUUUUUUUUUUUUAAUAACUUCUCCAAAAUCCUGACAGUAGUAGAAAAUAUUGCUCUGGCUUUUGUAAUUUUGUGCUGAAGGGAAUUAAAUUUAUAUAGACCAAUUGCUAAUUCUUGUGUCUUUUUAUUAUAAAUAGUUCAGCUUUUUGUUUUUAUAUGAAAAAGAAAGUUUUCAAGGUACAGCACAUUUUAAGUGCUGGUAUUUCUUGCCUUCUCCUGCUACUUGUUAGCACGAGUCCUUACGUGUUAAAUACAUAGUGCCUUAUGGCUGUGCAUUACAAUUUGUAUGUCCAUGCAAAGUGUAAACUACUUCUGCACUGACCUCAAUGGAAACCUAAAGCAACAUCACAUACAGAUUGUUCUUGUCAAAGUAGUAACAUUGUAAAUAAUGUAGGGAUCUUAACAGUAGGCUACUUACUGGGGAGGUUCAUUUGAAUGAAUCCCUAUAUUUUAAAUUAAACAUUAUAUUUUAAUGAUAUAAAUAGCAGCUGGUCUCUAACCUGAGAUCUAUAUCCCUGAUUAUUCCACUAUUUGUUUUUGAGUCCUCAUUGAAUAAAUGCACUGGUUGUGUCUGCCUGUCAUUGCAUAGUAAAAGAGGUAACUGCAUAAUUUUGAACACAUCUUUUAAGCUUCUAGCCUCCUAUAGCCUGUAUUGCAUUUGAUUCUAAUUUGAAACUUGUGUUCUUAUAUAAAUGUAGACACUUUCAGGUCUUAUGUGAUUUCUAUGUGGUAAGGAGCCCCUGUGUGUGCCUGUAUUUAGUAAUGUAGUGAACCGGCUCAAUAAAUCAACCCUUUGAGAAAACAUCAA